UGCCAAUGCGCACCGAUUCAUCUCUCGGCUGCCUCAGCAAUACGACACGCAAAUAGGAGAGCGGGCGUUGGUCCUUUCUGGAGGGCAAAAGCAACGCUUGGCCAUCGCAAGGGCGAUGCUCUUGAAACCAAUAGUACUGGUAGUGGAUGAGGG